AUGUCUAAUAUACCUAUAAUAUUUCUCCGCAGUGCUAAUUCCACACCGGCCGUCACUUCCGAAGCGCGUGAUACUGCAGUAUCGCAACCACAACGCCGACGACGAUGCGUUCGUAUCCUAGGAAGAAGAUACGCGUUGACAACGACGGAACACAAGUAUUUGGAAGUUGGCAUAAACGUGGAACAUGAUCCGAGUUACAUGGAGAUUGUUGUGGGAGACAAACGAGGGAAUGAAUUGAUCCUCGGAAUGGAAACCUGGAAAGGCCUCAUGGAACAUCAACAUUUAAUCCAGGAGUAUUUUUCCAAAACUGAUAAACGACCCGUAGAUCCCAUAUAUAUCGGGCCGCUAACUGUAGACUUUAUUAAGUAUAACGAUACGAAGUGUGUUCGGUUCGAAGUAACAAACGUGCGAUCAAUAAUGAUGGAAGCUACACUAACAACUAUAUUUAAUCUCGAUAAAUGUAUCGAUUGCAUGUACAAUUGGUUAGUAAGCUACAUCGACCAUGUAGAUUACAAGUACGAACAGUUCUGUAAGAUCGCACGUAGCAUUAAUAAUCCUAACGACAUAACCGUUGCCAUACAAAACAGCGAAUACUUCGAUGACAAGGAACUUAUCGAUUGUGAGUUAUUGGCAUUAGCCUUUUGAAAUACGUUGUUAAUAUGUAACAAAC